UUUUUAUGUUUAAUAUAUUAGAUUAUUCAAAUUAGGAAAAAUAAAUUAAAAACAUUAUUUUUAUGAGUAAUGGGUUGGAAAUUUUUAAAUAUGAAAAUUUUUAGGCAGGAAAUUAGGCAAGUAAUUUUGUGUUAGGGUAAUUAACAUUAGUAUGGGGACCAUAUUUUCUAGAUAAUCUGAUGAAAUCAGUUUUAAAAAUAAAAAAUUCUGAUUAAAAACCUUCCUUCGUGGGUCCAUGGUCUCAGUCAAUGACGUGUCUUCUACUGUGGAGACUUGGUUUUAAGUCCAUGGACUUGAUUUAUCUCAUCUGUGCUUUGUGUCUAAUUAUAUUUGAGUGAAUUAAAGAGAGAGCAGCUGUGAUAUUAUUUAUUUAAUAUCAUGGAUUCGAUCUCUUUAGAACUCAAACUAAUUUCUUGCAGAGAUCUGAAAGCCUUCAAUUUCUUCCAGAAGCUGUCUGUCUAUGCAGUGGUAUCCAUUUUAUCCAUUUCUAAUGAUGACUCGAAGAAGAAGAAGAAGAACGAGCGGCCACAAUGUCUGCAGCGUCAGAAGACCCCAGUCGACGGAGAAGGAGGCAGAAACCCCGAGUGGAAUCACAUGAUAAAAUUUGAUCUUAAAUCCAUCUCCCUUCCUGAUCAGGACGAUCAUCUAUUUCUCAUAUUCAAUUUACGGUGUGCAGGUGUAAUCUCCGGCGACAGAUCGAUUGGGGAAGUUCGUGUUCCGUUAAAGGACUUGAUUGAUGAGUUCAAUGGCCCUGUCAGGUUCCUCAGUUAUCAGGUUCAAACUAGUGAUGGCAAGCCUAAUGGAGUCUUGAAUUUUUCUUAUAAGCUCAGAGGGAAGGCUGAGAAGAAACCAGAUGAUUCUCCGGCGCCGAAAAUAAAUAUGCCAUCUAGAACUUCUACCGAGAAACUCCAUUGCACACCUUUGCAAGUUCAAGUUCGGCCGCCGAACAAGUGCUUAUACCCUUCGCUGGAUGAUAUCCUCUCUCCUCUUCCGAGAAUUAGCUCGCCUAUGCCUCCACCGCCAUAUCUACUGCAACAGCCAGCUUUUGCUGUGGGUCAUGGUCCCUGUCCAUCGCCAUUGGUGCAGAUUCCAGGGUCACACUGGUACGCAACAGAGACGGCCCAUUACGGUUACGGGCUGCAUGGGUAUCCUGGUAGUUGGAGGUAAAUCAGAUAUACUGAUAGUGGGUGGCUGAAUUGCAGCUUCAUGCCUUGUUUUAGUCAACGUUAAUGGCAUUACUAUGCGUGUAAUAUCAGAUUUUUAGUAAUAAUAAUCAGCUUAAAGUUGUGAUGAAA